CCUCGGCAGCGUGGGUGAUGAAACCUAUCACACCAGCAGGAGAAUGGGACUGUGAACCCUCAAGCCCCACCCCACCUUCCUUCCUCUCGGGGGGCUAAAAGUCUGGCACGAGGAAGCACCAACAGCCACUAGCUGGGCAGCCUUCCCGGGAAGAUGCAGCUGCUCCUACUGCUGCUGGCCUUUCUCCUGCCCUCCAGGGCUGGGGCAGGGGAGAUCAUCGGAGGCCGAGAGGCCAGGCCCCAUUCCCACCCCUACAUGGCAUUUCUUCUGACCGAAACACCAAGAGGUCCAAGCACGUGUGGGGGGUUCCUGGUGCGAGAAGACUUUGUGAUGACAGCAGCUCGCUGCUUGGGCAGCCCUAUGCGUGUCAUUCUGGGGGCUCACAACAUCAGGAGACGGGAAAGGACCCAGCAGAGAAUAUCUGUGCUCAGAGCCAUCACCCAUCCUGGUUAUAAUCAGCAGAACAACCUGAAUGACAUCAUGUUACUGCAGCUGGAAAAUAGAGCCAGGCGGAAUCGAUUCGUGAGGCCAGUGGAUCUCCCUCAGAGUAUGGCCAGGCUGUGUGCUGGGGCUGUGUGCACUGUGGCCGGCUGGGGCCUGGUCAGCCUAAACAGGAGAACAGACACACUCCGGGAUGUACGGCUGCGCGUGCAGAGAGAUCAGGAGUGCAACGGUCGCUUUGAUGUCUACAACGGCCGAAGGCAGAUCUGUGUAGGGGACAAAAGGCAGAGCAGCACCACCUUCCGGAUAUUUGCCCUGGGAUAUCCACUCCUCUCUUCUCUUCAUGAUACUCCUCUUACAAGCACUGAAAAAUCAAUCCUUCACAAGAGAUCUUUGUGCUUAGAUCCCUCCACCGUGGCAGCAUCAACAGACCAUCCAAAUGUUCAAAACUAUAUCAAUCACAUACAGCAUCUAGGAGGAGAAAGUUAUUCCUGGAUGGUUGUCUUAAGAGGUGAGAUUAUCGGUGGCGUUGAGUCCAAGCCACACUCCCGCCCCUACAUGGCCCAUCUGGAAAUAAUCGGUGAACAGGGUGUUGUUGGCAACUGUGGUGGGUUUCUGAUAAGCCGAAAAUUUGUGGUGACAGCUGCUCACUGUAAAGGAAGAAAAAUUACUGUCACUCUUGGAGCUCAUGACAUGAAACAGGAAGAAUCCACAUGGCAGAAGCUAGAAGUCACAAAACAAAUCAUUCAUCCGCAAUACAACUCUUUCACCAAUCUCAAUGAUAUCAUGUUACUGAAGCUAAAAGCGAAAGCCCAGCUGACCCAUGCUGUGGGAACAGUACCCCUGCCCACCCGGUCUACUUUUAUUCAACCUGGGAGAGUGUGCCGGGCCACUGGCUGGGGGAGAACAGGAGUGAAAAAGCCAGGGUCAGACACUCUGAGAGAGGUGAAGCUGAGACUCAUGAAUGCCAAAGCCUGCAAGCGCUUUCUGUUUUACAACCAUAACCUACAAAUCUGUGUGGGCAACCCCAGGAAGAGAAACUCAGCAUACAAGGGGGACUCUGGGGGCCCCCUUCUGUGUGCUGGGGUGGCGCAAGGUAUUGUGUCAUAUGGACGUGAAGAUGCAAAGCCUCCUGCUGUCUUCACUCGAAUCUCCCCAUAUGUGCCCUGGAUUAAUAAAAUCUUAAAGAGCAAGUAGCCACAGAAGCCUGGCCAGCCUCAUGGAGAAUCCCAAAGCCAGAGCUCUCCCAAGGUAGCCCCUGGGUUCCAUGGGAGCCUGGCCCUAGCCUGAGUCCAGGGAGGUUCCCAGAGGCACACAAAUCCCCUGCUGAUUGUACCCCCAGCAAACUUCAAUAAAGAUGCA